GUAGGAGGAGGGUGCGAUAGAGUUCUAGGGGGUGAGUCGGAAGCCUGGUCAGUUUCCUACUUGUGGGGGAAAAAUCAAAUUAAACUGUGACUUCUUGUUUGGAACUGUAGAAUUACCUUCAGCAUUUUGUAGAAUGAAAAAUCAGAAACCAGAGAUAGUCCAAGCUUGGAGUAGACGUUCAGGCCAAGUUAGCCAUGAAUUUUUUCACUGUUCCAGACAAGCUCGCAGACGACAGACCUUCUCCAGCUGAUGCUGUCAGGGUGAGGCAGUGAGGUAGACGCCUGCCUUUGUAUUUUUUCUCCGUUGAUACAUAAAAGCAAUACAUAUUCACUCUACUUUUAAAAAUAAUAUUGGACAAACAUGCCUGCUAGAAUUUUGUUUUCACAGUAACACUGCAGGCUUUUGUAUCAGAUAAAACUUCGAACAUUGAAUGUCUGCGCGCUUUUUAUUUAGUUUGUUUCGGAAAGAAAUAGAGUGUAAUUUUGAAUUAACCAAGCAUUAUUUCAUAUUUUUGACAUAUUUUGGCAGACGAGAAUUUUUUCAUAGAAAUCUUUCUUCGAGUUGAUGCUAUUACUGUUGUAACAAUAGAGUUUCUUCCCAGUGAAAUGCUGAAGGACAUGAAAGAUUGAUUACGAUACCUGAAGAGACGGCAAGAUGGACAACUAUCAUGUCCUUGAGAUUAUUGGGGAAGGGUCUUUUGGGAAGGUGUACAAAGGCAGGAAGAAAUUUACUUCUCAAAUUGUUGCGUUGAAAUUCAUUCCCAAGAUGGGCAAGUCUGAGAAGGAGCUAAAAGGUCUGCGCAGAGAGAUUGACAUCAUGCGAGGCUUGAAGCACACAAAUAUCAUCGAACUUCUUGACAGCUUUGACACUGACAAAGAGGUGGUUGUGGUCACGGACUGUGCCGAGGGAGAACUGUUCCAGAUCCUGGAGGACGACGCCAGUUUGCCCGAGGAACAGGUGCGGGUGAUCGCAUCCCAGCUGGUGUCUGCCCUCUACUACCUCCACUCCCACCGCAUCCUGCAUCGUGACAUGAAGCCACAGAACAUCCUGCUGGGCAAGGGUGGGGUCAUCAAACUCUGCGACUUCGGCUUCGCUCGCGGCAUGAGCACCAACACUAUGGUGCUCACUUCCAUCAAGGGCACACCCCUGUACAUGUCCCCAGAGCUUGUUGAGGAAAAACCCUACGACCACACAGCCGACUUGUGAGAGAGAAGCAGAACCGGCUCCAGGCGUGGGACCAGGCCGACGGCCCGUCGGGUGAAGAGGUCAAGGACAAAGAUCUAGAGUCGUCGGAGGCCAGCAAGCCCAAACUCCCAGAAGAGGUCCUAGAGCCCACCCCAAGACCCGACCGCAUCAGCAAAGACUACAAGCAGGAGUACCCGAGCAUCGAGGUCGAAGGUCGCACGGUGCUCAACAAGAAGAAGAAAAAGGAGGAGCCGUCGAACAACAUGGAGAACGUGAAACUGGACACGGAGGAGGUGGACAGCGAGGAUGAGUGGCAGAAGUUGAUCGACGUGACCGACCAGGAGGGUGACCCAGACUACACGCUCCGGCUUCUGGACGACGCUGAGACCAUCGGGAAACUCAAACUGAGGCUCAACUCUAGCUCUGACCAGGUGCGCGACUGUAUGUUGGAAGGUGCGUCGCGACUUCGCUCCGUUCUGCGAGUCAUCACCAACAUCGUUACCCUCAAGUGCGAUGUUAGGAAAAUCGUGGCUUUUUGUAACGCCCUUGACCUCCCGGACAAGUUGUUGUCGCUGCUACAGGACGUCCUCAAGGCCACCAAGGUCAAGCAGCAACCAUGGGCACAGCAGAUCCUGAACGACCUUGUGAUCACGGUCAACGCGUACUUCGCCAGUGAGAUCAGCUGGGCUGACUGGUCGCAGGCGGAGGGCAAGGACAAACAAGUUGUGACCCACUACACCAGCGCCAUCCACCGCUUCUGGUCUCUGGUGCCGGGGCUGGUCAGCGAGGACAUUGACGAGGAUCUCCGACUUCUGGAGCAGACGCUGCUGUGUGUGGUGUACCUGAGUGAGGCCAGUGAGAGGGGACGCAUCCAGGAGCCCAACGCCUACUUCAGCUCCGUGGCCACUGACCAUCUGGAGAGUCUGGACGCUCUACUGACCGCCACACAAGGGGACCCCGCCGUGCUCAAGCGACUCACAGAGAUAGCAGAAGGCAACAUGGAGGCGGCCACAGAGCGGCUGGAACAGAUGACGCUACACGCUAUCUCUAGUCUAGCCUCGCUCACCUACGUUUCCCACGAGGCCACGGGACCCAAGGACGGGAAACAGAAGAUUGCGACGUACCUUGCGGAGAGAAUCAUGAAGUCGUCGGACGGUGUGGGCUACGAGUUUCUCAUCCUGCUCAGACAUCCCCUACACUGUUGUUCUGUGCUGAAGGUCCUCUACUCGUGUUGCCAGGUAUCCACCGACCUGUGCCAGUUCCUCCAUGACCGUCCGGAGCACGUCGAGUCGCUCCUCGGCAUCAUCAUGGGCAAGAAGUCCAGCCUUUUGACAUGUUGCAAGCCUCUCUGGCUGUCUUCACCGACCUCGACCAGGUUUGUGCUCGCUUUCUUACACACACUCAUACAUAUACACAUUUAAUUUGUGUGCGGCCUCCGUUUGAGUACGGCGUUCUGGACGGGCUGUUGAUGCUGCUCUGUGAACUGCUGGGUGGGGCCGAGAGUCCAGUGGCGAGCCUGUACAUCGAGUCAGGAAUCUGGGGCGCCAUGUGGCACCGCAUCGCACAGGGCACGCAGGUCCUGAAUCCUGGCACGGACAUGCCCAUCCACGACAUGGAGACUGGGAUGUCCAGUGACGGAGUCCGCGCCUCUCACAAGUUCUCUGCCCCUGACUGGGGGCUCAUCUCUCCGCAGGGGCUGAUGGCCUCGCUACAGAUGGCAGUCGCCGUGUUCACCAAGGAAACAUACCAAUGCCUGCCCAACCUGGCCACAUCUGACAGUAUCUUGAUGCUCACGCUGGUGCAUUUCCUGCAUCCCAGAUUUUUAGAGGAGAUCCAUUCCCAUUUCCACGAAGAGGGAGAUCAGCUGGUGGAAGACAUCAUCCUGGCCGUCACUCAGAUGGGUUGCUUCCCCUUUGCCGUGGACACCACCGUGGAGCUGUUGGCUGAGGUUCAGCAUACGCAGUAGGCAAUGCCAGCUACCACAGCGGAGAGCUCUACCCUCGCCUACGACCCGCGCUCCCUCUGCUGCUCGAGCUGCUCCGAGACCCCAUCACCAAGACCCGUGCCAACGCUGCAAGUGCGUGUGGGAACCUGGGAAUGCAUUCGGCCGUGCUGUGCCCUGACAUCAGGAAGAACAAACUGAUCGCUCAUUUACUGGAGACGUCCUGCCACGACGCCCACUCUGUGGUACAGACCAAUGCCCUUCUUGCCUUGCGCAGUUUGUGCACGCGAGACGAACUCAAAAAGGACCUCAUGUCCCUGAACGCUGUGGACAAACUCUCGGCUCUGCUCAGCCCUCAGACCCCGAGGAACGACCCCACGACCCCGCGACCUUACACCGGGGGGUCGCGACCUGGCACCGCGCUGUCCAACCGACCCAGCACGGCGGCCGUCAACGGGGUCGCGACCUGUGCUAACAAACUCCUCAGACUGCUACAGACAUCGGCUGCUUAACUUACAGUUACCCUGAGUUUGUUCCACAGUUUCCCAGAGUUUUUUCUACAGUCACCUAAACCUGGUUCACUUAGUCUCAUUAUAACCCCAAAAGCUUGCCUCCAACUUCCAAUGGCAGAAACAAGGGCUUAGUCAUGACUAAAAAAGAACUUGGAUCGGGAAUAGUUCCGAAAAACAAGAAGAAACUAACACUAAAUGAAACAAAACAGUUGUCACUAGUAGGCCUAUGUCCAAUGGGGAGUUAUUACCGCCGGGCACUCCCAGCGUCUGAUGGGGUUUAAAGAGUUCAGUUACAGUUACUGUACUGAUCUGACUUUUCCCAUACUACCGUAAGCUGACAAAUCUCCUUUUUUUUCUUCACAGCAGUUUUUAGAAAAAGAGGGUUUUUUUGGUCAGCACACCGGUUGAAAAUUGAGUCAUUCCGAAAUUUGAAUUGGAAUUUAUUCAAAAAGUAGUCGCUGUUCCUCCAAUUUGAGUAUUUCCCACAAGUAGGGUAACUGAUCUCACUUUCGAUUUAGCAAAUAAAAGAUUUUGGGACCAAAAUGACAAAAAGGCGUUUUGUCAGCUUACAGCAGCAUAGUUGAGGGUCGUCAUUUGUCGUGGUGUUCUCAAAAUACUAAAAACGACAAUUCAAAUCGUAGUUAGUGCGUUAUAAUGCAUCUGCUUUGACUGAGUUAUUUUAGUACUACCUCUUUUCAUGUCACAAUCCACAGCUACAAGAACAAUUUCCCUCCAUCGAAAUAAUACAGUGCAGCCUCUCUAUAACGACCUUCCAUAUAACGACAUCCUGUGUAUAGCGACAUGGUGCCCAGGUCCCAAUUUUUUCCUUAUAAUAAAUAUUAUAUCAUUAGAAAGUAAUAUUUUUGGUUGCCUCUCUAUAACGACAACUCUCUAUACUCUAUAACAACUUCUUUUUUUUCUGGUCUCGACGAUUUCAUUAUAGAGAGGUUGCACUGUAGUUUCUCAUCUCG